CUACAUACAACCUCAAUUCCAACUAUAUCUCCACCACCACCAUCCAACACCCAUCCCUAGUCUUAUUCAAUAUGGCAGACCCCGCGAUUCAGGUCGCAGAGACCAUCCAAACGGCCUCCAUCAACCCCAACCCGUCCCCUGCCGACAUCAAUCCCCCGACCGCAGCCGAAAAGCACCCGAUUCAGAAAGCUUCCUCCGAAGCUGACAGUAUCCCUUCGGACAUCGUGGAUCCUCGACGGAUGAUUCAACCGACUACAAGAGGCCACACCCUUCCUCCGUUGCCUGAUCUACGGUUCGAGCAGAGCUAUCUCGCCAGCUUGAGGGGAGCCGACACCUGGGGAAGGGUAGCGUGGAUCACCAUCAGAGACCAGGUCCUCCUCCCCUUCCUGCAAGGUUCCCUCUGGACACUGGCCCUCUCCGGCUGGCGAUUCUGGAACCGCAACGCGAAUCUCACCGGUCAGACCCUGGGCAGCAAGAUCCGACGGUGGUGGUACGACGUAAACAACUGGGAACUGCCUCCCCGAUGGGCGUCUACCCGGAAAGAUCCCAAAUUAGCGGAGCAAGUGCAAGACUUUCUACAGUUCUACACAGCGCAAUUCUCAAAUGCAGGCGCGGAUUGA